UGGUAUAGGGAUUAAUUUAACCGUAUUGGCUCAUGGGUGGUAGUUAGUAUUCAAGAUGGGCUCGGUAGAAGGUGACACGAAGGAUGGAUUGUUCAAUGCAGAUUCCGUGUCUGAGAUAUCCAUAGAAGAGCGAAUGGAGCUACUCCAGCAAGCCCGUAACUAUGCGUACCACGCAAAGGCAGCUUCCUACUUAGUGUCACCUACGCGUCCCUCUGAAUCUUCAUCCACUGCCCUUGAGCCAAACCUGAUAAGACGAUCUACAUCCUACAUCUUGACGCGGUCUGAUCAUCUGGAGAGCAAUGUGGACAACUGGAUGGGUAACGAAGACCUUGAUGAAGCGAGAAGACUUAGACGGAAUGCGACGGUAGUCAUACAACAAGCAGACCUGGCCGAGAAUCAGGGGGCUCUGGAGAGUUUUUGGUACAUGUUAGCAUUGCUGCCUUUGAUCAACCUCCACCGGCAGGGAUGGUGCAGCCCAAGAAAUUCCAUCAUGAUAGUAUUGAAUACUGUGGACCUGUUCGCCGCGUGGCUCAAACAAAAGGUUUCCUACAUGCGAACACAGAUGUCUCGGGUAGAUAUCGAUCAGGUACUCCACGAUUGUUUCGUAUUAGGGAUGGACGUUAUCCUGGCGCUGCAAGCUUUCGCCUUAAUCCUGCUUUCCUAUUACCAGACGUCUUUAUAAGCAACAAAAAUCACUGCAAAUGUAUCCUUUUCAU